AAAUUUUACAUCUCCAGAAAAAUUUCCACUAGGGAAAUGCAGGUCUAGAAACUCGAAAUCGGGAAAAGUCGCUGGGGACAAGAAGACGAUCGAUCCCUAUAGGUGAACUGGGUCAUUUUGACUUGCUCAUCCUGGUCGAGACGAGCGGUUCAAGAUGAAGGGACGUGUGCAAUGGGACGAGGCAAAUCUUGUGGAAAUUGAAUCCAACAAACCUGUAAGACAGAAGAUUACUGAACCAAAGACACCAUAUCACCCAAUGAUUGAUGAAGAUGGUUCUUUGUCUCCUAGAGGAAGAACAUUUGACGAAUGCGUUGAUGAUAUGCAACAUGCGGAAGAACUAAGGAACGUUCUGAGUGAUGUGGCUUCUUCUAGUAGAAACACGAGCCAAAUAUCUGGUGACUGGGCCUCGUCUGAUGAUGAAGCAGAUCGAAUGGACGAAGACGAAGAUUCUGAAAACGAGAGGAGCGCAAGUUUCAGGGAACACAGAAGAGCACACUACGACGAGUUUCUGAAGGUAAAAGAGCUGAGAUCUUCAGGAGGUUUCCUCGACGAGGAAGAAGAAGAUGAAAACAGCGAGAGAGACCCUAAACCAGAGGCCGCAUCUCCGGCAAAAGCGGCCGAGGCUGAGACCAAGUCGUCGGGAAAGUCUUCUUCAUAAAUCAGCAGUUGAUAAAGAGCCUCCAAAGCGGAUCAAAUGUAUGGCCUCUGUUCCAACUUCGUGUUUACUCUGUUUUUUUUAAUCGUGUUUGGGUCUUUUGAGGAAAAAGAAAACUAUGAUUGUAAUCUUAAUGCAAUUUGGGUUGGAUUUCUUACAUGCCCUUUUGCUU